AUGGGGUUGUUCUGGUGGAUCUUCCAGGGCUCUCAGACAUGGGAGCUCUCGGUCACGGCCAUAGUGACUCCUGCCAUUCGCGCAGUUGACGAAAAGACGGGCGCCAAACUGAUGAGCAAUCAGCAAGAGCUUCGCUGCAAGGACGCAAGAGAAGAUGCUGGGUUUCAGGAGGACGCCGAGGAGAUCAAGUCCGUCUCAACCAAAUGCAAUGAGGCGCACAAGCUUCUGAAGAAGGCCGAGCGGAAGCUGGAGUCCAUGACCAAAAAUGCGCAAAUCUGA